GGACGGGAAGGCGAGACAAACAGCCCCGACCAUACCGAGCGGUGCCGUCGUGACAGCGUGUGUCAACAGCGCGGAGACGUUAAGGAGAGCUGCGUUUUCAUGCAUUUUUAGAAACAGCUAGUCGGUGUCCCCCUCCAACCGCCGGUAAACCAGCCAGCUUUGUAUGAGCCCUAACGCCCGUCGUCACCAUGACAGCGGAAGAAACCAUAAAUGUGAAGGAGGUUGAGAUCAUCAAGGCGAUCCUGGACUUUCUCAACUCCAGGAAGUUGCACAUCAGCAUGCUGGCGCUGGAGAAGGAGAGCGGAGUCAUCAAUGGGCUCUACUCAGACGACAUGCUCUUCCUCAGGCAACUGGUGCUCGAUGGCCAGUGGGAUGAGGUCUUGCAGUUCAUUCAGCCUUUGGAGUGCAUGGAUAAGUUUGACAGAAAAAGGUUCCGUUACAUCAUCCUCAAGCAGAAGUUUCUCGAGGCUCUCUGUGUGAAUAACGCCAUGUCUGCAGAAGAUGAGCCACAGCAUUUGGAGUUCACCAUGCAGGAGGCAGUCAAGUGUCUCCACGCUCUGGAGGAGUUCUGUCCCUCUAAAGAUGACUACAGCAAACUGUGUCUGCUCCUCACGCUGCCUCGCCUCACAAACCAUGCAGAGUUUAAGGAUUGGAACCCGAGCACGGCCAGGGUGCAGUGUUUUGAGGAGGCGUGCACCAUGGUAGCAGAGUUCAUCCCUGCUGACAGGAAGCUGAGUGAGGCUGGAUUCAAGGCCAGUAGAGAUCGACUCUUCCAGCUGCUCCUCAAGGGAGUCCUCUAUGAAUGCUGUGUGGAGUUCUGCCAGAGCAAGGCGACAGGUGAGGAGAUCACAGAGAGCGAGGUCCUCCUGGGCGUGGACAUGCUGUGCGGUAACGGCUGUGAUGACCUGGACCUGUCCCUGCUCUCCUGGAUGCAGAACCUCUCCCACAGCGUCUUCUCCUGCGCCUUCGAACAGAAGCAGCUCAACAUCCACGUGGACCGCUUGGUCAAGCCCGCAAAGACCGGCUACGCUGACCUCCUCACCCCGCUCAUCAGCAAACUAUCUCCAUACCCCUCCUCCCCCCUGCGCCGCCCCCAGUCUGCUGAUACCUACAUGUCACGCUCCUUGAACCCGGCGUUGGACGGGUUGUCCUACGGGCUGUCUGGCCAGGAUAAGAGAGCGAGUGGCGGGGAGGUGGCGCCGGGUAAAGGGGUCUCUCCCAUGUCCCACUCAUUUGCCAACUUCCACUACCCUGGAGUGGGAGGGCAGAGCCUGAGCAGGAGUCUCAUGAUGGAGAGCUCUGACUGCCACAGCAUCUUUGAGGAAUCCCCUGAAACUUCAAGAACCGACACGCCUGUUGAUAAGAUGAUGAGUUCGGGUGGAGCUCAGAACCUGCGACCCGCCUCAGCUCCGGGCGAGGAUGCACCAUCAGCUGGCUCCGCCGACAGGAAUGAGCUUCGUGACUCAACAGAGAAGUAUGAGGAGUACUACCGGCAGCGUCUUCGCGUGCAGCAGCACCUGGAGCAGAAGCAGCAGCAGAGGCAGAUGUACCAGCAGAUGUUGCUGGAGGGUGGGGUCCAGCAGGAGCCCCCACCCAGCGACAUGCAGCACAGCCUCACGGAGAAGUUCCUCAACAGGUCCAUCCAGAAGCUGGAGGAGCUCAACGUGGGGAUGGAUAAUAUAGGGGAGGUGAAGUCUCUGGCCCAGCAGUGUAAUGGCAACGGGAACACGGCUGCCUCCGAGGACAAUAACAACCCUCCAUCUGUGACCCCAGGGCGGAACCAGACCCAAGGGGGAGGGGUGCUCAGCAGCACCCCACAACACACCGCGGGGGGCCGUGUAGUCCCGCCUCCAGAUGAGUCCCCUGUCGUCACCCAGAGCAGCGAGCAGAAACACAAAGGAGGCGAAGAAGAAGGCUCUCCAGUCUCCUUGUCACGAAGUAAAGAGGGCGACAAGAAAAAAAGCCUGUUUGUGCCUGUACACACUCUGGAAGAUACUCAGGCUGUUCGAGCUGUUGCCUUUCACCCGUCAGGAGCGCUCUACGCCGUGGGAUCCAACUCCAAAACUCUACGAGUCUGCGCUUACCCAGAAACAUUAGACCCAAGUGGUUCAAGUCCUAUCAAGCAGCCGGCCGUCCGCUUCAAGAGGAACAAACACCACAAAGGCUCCAUCUACUGUGUGGCCUGGAGCCACUGUGGGCAGCUGCUGGCAACAGGCUCCAACGACAAAUAUGUCAAAGUCCUGCCUUUUAGUGCAGAGACAUGCAACGCCACAGGUCCAGACCUGGAGUUCAGCAUGCAUGACGGCACCAUCAGAGACCUGGCCUUCAUGGAGGGUCCAGAGAGUGGAGGAGCCAUCUUGAUCAGCGCCGGAGCUGGAGACUGUAACAUCUACACCACCGACUGCCAGAGAGGCCAGGGUCUGCACGCCCUCAGUGGACACACAGGUCACAUUCUGUCUCUGUAUACGUGGGGAGGCUGGAUGAUUGCCUCUGGCUCUCAAGACAAGACGGUGCGUUUCUGGGACCUCAGGGUGCCCAGCUGUGUCCGAGUAGUGGGAACUGCUUUCCAUGGUUCAGGCAGUCCUGUUGCCUCAGUAGCAGUGGAUCCUAGUGGCCGUCUCCUAGCAACAGGACAGGAAGACAGUGCAUGCAUGCUGUAUGACAUCAGAGGAGGACGAAUCGUCCAGGUGUACCGGCCACACACCAGCGAUGUGCGAUCUGUCAGAUUCUCCCCCGGAGCACACUACCUGCUCACUGGCUCCUACGACACAAAGGUCAUGGUCACAAACCUCCAAGGUGACCUGACCAAGCAGUUGCCUCUGACCGUGGUGGGAGAGCACGGCGACAAGGUGAUUCAGUGUCGAUGGCACACACAAGACCUGUCCUUCCUCUCAUCCUCUGCUGACCGCACUGUCACACUCUGGACACACAACCCAUAACACACACGCACACACACAGACAACCAGUCGCUAUAAUCUAAAAGACACACAUUCCCCUAAAACAACACUGUCACACCCUUAACACUUACAGCCUGAAAACACACACACACACAUUAACACACAAACAGCGGAAUGAGCCUUUCACUCCUGUCUGUAGGAAACCAAAUGGAAUCAAACCUGUGACACAUCAAAAGCACACAUGUUGUUCUUUUUCUUUUCAUCUCUCACGCUGCAUUCGUCGCACCGGUUGUUGAUGUCUUGGGAGGUAAAAUGGCAACAUCAUACAUUAUUCUCACUAUCGCUUGGUCCCUUCACGUGGUCCCAUCCUACAUCUUCACCCCUUACACACACACACACACACACACACACCGGUCAGUUGCUGCACGUCCUUUUCACUGAGGAGUUGUUGAGGUUAGACAGGACAGAGUGCUUUGUCCAUGAUGGUGCCUUCCUUGAGUUCUCGGUUUCCAUAACAACAAUGUAAAAAAAGAUAAUUUCAUUUUUCAAGAUCAAAUUUUGUUAAGUCAUUUUGAGAAAUCCUACAUUCCUUCUCCUCGUGUGUAUCAUUUUCUAACAGCUGGUGUUAUGCUGCUAUUGUUUGGGAAAACAAGAGUUGACUUCAUGGUGUAAAAUGUAAUUUUUCAGUGUGUCAGUAGUGAGCUUUUCCCAUCAGGAGGCUGAAUCUGUGGAAGUCAUACUAUCUGUUGAUCAGUCAGCUUCCCUGUGGGACGAUGUGUAACGUUACUGUAUCCGCUGUAUUACUACAACUCAAAAUGUGUAAAUUAGCUUGUGCAUUUGUUUUAAAUUGAAAAAUCAGUGUUUCCGCGCUGAAGCUGUUACAGUGUCUUGCGAUGGCUUGCUUGCAAUGGAAGAUUGUUAUUAUGCUGACGUCAAAGGGAAAUACAAAGAGUAAUUUGUGCCGUUCUAGCGUCCCGUUUAGGAUUUUUCAGUGUUCAAAAGCUUUGGUUCGUCUACUGCUGUAAUAAUAUAACAACAGUAGGUGGCAGUCUUUGCCCAUAACGAGUGUCUAACCAUAUGCACAAAGAAAUCUGAAUGGACGAACGGGUGUUUUGAUAUUUAUUUAGUAUCAGUAUUUGGGGCAUAUGCAUUGUAUUCUUUUCUUGUAUUUUACAUGCGCACUUUGUCAAUUAACAUUGUCCUCUAAUAUUGAUUUACUUACAGAGAUGCAUAUUUAAGUUUUUAUGUUCAUGUAUAGUAUAUAUUGUUUUAACAAAUAAGGCCAAACUAAUACGUACAUAGAUGUAUUUAUUUCAGUUGUGUUUAAUAUGUAUGUACAGUUAUUAGUAUGUUUUUGAAAUGCUAGUGGCUCUUGCAUUAAGCCUUUCUAAUUCUUGUUUUUAAAAGUGACUUAAAUUAAUCCCAAGUCUGACUGCUGGUACGUUCAAUAAAGUGUCUUUU